CGAGAUGAGUGCAGCCACCGUCGCAGAGCCCUUCCUCCUCUCCUCCUACCCGGACUCCGCCCCCCACAGAAAACUCUCGGCUGUACCCGUCUACGCCUCGCUACCCUCCACCAGCGAUGCAGACUUCUUCGUCACCGUAGCCGUUCACGGCGACGGCAUACAUGUCCUCGACACGUCGACACUGCACCCGGCAGUGUCACAUACUCUAGGCCCAUCAACAUCCUUCGCAGGCCCUCCGGCGUCGCGAACAACCCACAAGAGCGGCAGUCGUGUCUGCACUACUUAUGCCGUGCUCCAAACGGGCCCCGACGUACAGCCGGAAGGGAAGGGGAAGACAGUGGUCGCAUGGGAGGAAUCGCUGUCAGGAGGUGUGAUGACCGCCGACUUGCAAGGCGAGAAGAACAAAACAGUGGCAGUAGCUCCUCACCCGGUCUCCCACAUAUAUGCGCCCGAAUACCUGCCCGACGCCGCAGUGCUUGUGGGUCCUGCAGGCCAAGUAUCUGUAGCGGACAAGGAGCUCCGAGUGCAGCAUACAUUCACGCCACAAAAUCAGCAAGCGAGCACUUUGCUAAAACACUUUCUCUUCCCCUCCUCUACCUGCUCCUUCUUGUCACCGCAUGUCGCAGCAUCACAUCGUGCUGUGCUAUCACUGUUCCUCAAGAGUGGAGACAUUUCAAGGGUGGCAAUUGUCGGUAUAUCAGAAGAUGGAAGUUUGAGCUCACUAGGGGAGAGCGCACUUCCCAUGGAAGAGACAGAUAUCAUCGACGUCUCAUGUAGUAACUCCGGUUUUAUCAGUGUCCUCUUACACUCCGGAACUUGGCACGCAUUCUCCCUUACCACCUCCCCAUCCUCCUCCCUCUCGGUCUCUUCUGCCGCAGAGCCCCUCCGCCUCCAAGCCCUCACCUUCACCUCUCCCGGCCGUGCUAGUGAAGUGUCCCUCGCAGCACUCACCUCUUCGCAUGUCCUUCUUGCUGGUGUGUCUUCCGGCUCACCCACCGAAAUUGUCCUUCUCUUGUGGGAUCUACGAUACGGCGUUCUGGUCGCGCAACAGGCCAUCCCUGCCCCCUCCACUCUUCCUCGUCCGAAAAAGACUGGCGCAAUAAUCCGCCUCUCAGCUUCAUCCGUGCCGUCUGCAGACGCAAGCAACAAGUCGGCGGUACAUCUAAACGGCCUUCUCGUGCUCGCGCCCGCGCCCGACCGCGACCCACAAGCCGAGAGCACGCCCGCACGAUCGACGAUCCUCGUCGUCCCGCUCACCGUCCCCGCUACCUCCACGAUCGCCGCCGCAAUGGGCCGCGCCAGCGCAGGCGCACGGUGGAUAUCCACAAAGCUGCCCCCAAACGCCGCGAACCCGGGCCCGCGCGGGCCCGAGAUGAGCCCCGCCGCGCGCAAGGCGCUGAAGGAGAUGCGCGCGUCGAUCAACGUGAGCGCGGCGGGCAACGUCGCGGGCGCGGAGGCCGCGUUCUUCGAGUACUUCAAGCCGGACAACUCGCGCAAGGCCGUGCAGGCCUCGAACGCGGACGCUGCGGAGGGCCGGGUCGCGAUCGUCGAGUAUGUGUUCACGGAGGGCGCGUUGGGCCUUGUGCUGCCCGCGGCGGGCGCGCAGACGUCUGGGCCGGUUACGUAUUCGGCGAAAAUCGUACGGCACUUGCUCGAGCGGCGCGCGGUGAACUCGUCCAUGGUGGAUGGUGGCCUCUUGCCCGCCUUGGCGGCGCGGGAAGACUGGGAAACGAUCAGCCUCGCGAUGCGCACAGUCUCGGACCUGCCAGAGACGGACGUCAUCUUGCUUCUCAGCAAAGUCGCCGCGGCGCACAGGCGUAACGCACCUGCAGACGACAGCGCCAUGCAGGUCGACGCUACGUCCUCGCCGACGCCUGCGCUCGCGGCGUUCCUGGCGCAGUGCGUAGUGUACCCGUUCACGCCCGCGCUCCAGCGCGUCGCCGUGCGCAAGAACAUACCGGACGCGGCGGACCUCCUGCCCGUGCUGCAGGUGCUCGACGGGUGGAUCGUCCAGCACACGGACGACGGCGCGCUCCUAGCUGCCGCCGUGCCCGCCUCUGAGCUUCCUCCACUAGACAAGGUGCUCGCAUUCCUCCAGCCACUGCUCGACGCGUCGUUCCUCGCGCUCCUCGCAUACGCUCCGGCACACCGCCUCCUGCGCACGCUCGCGGCACACCUCGAGCCGACGCUCGCGCUCACGAGUGCGCUCGAGCACCUCGCCGGCCCGUUGGAGCCGUUCGCGCGUGCAGCCGCGAAGGCGCAGGCACGGGCAGCAGAGAGCAAGGACGUCGCGUCGAAGGGCGACAGCGGGCGCGACUGGCGGCGGAAGCGCAAGGCCGCGCACGAGCAGGCCGCGGUCGCUGUCGGGCUGUAUCAGGUCGAGGAGCUCGUGUUGUAA